GUUACUCAUCACCUAUAAUCAUGUGAGGGACAGUCUCACUAAAUAACAAAGUUAACCAUCUUUGGCCAUUUGCGACGUUCUUUAUGGUUGUGCGGUCAGGUCAAAGUCUUUGCAUGAGCAUUAGAGUGUGGCAGCUCAUCAAACCCCAGUAAAGUAGUUUGGAGUGUUGAUGCGACACAUCUCCUCUCUAUGGCUGGAACACUGCGGCUUUCAUGGCUGCUCUCCAUGCUCAUUUUCCUUCUGGUGGGACUACAGGGGGAGCCGAGGGACACAGCACCAAGAGCGAGAGAGAGGAGCGUCGGCAAUGACCAGCCGCGUAUGCUCUCAGAUGAUGGUCAUCUCGUCUUCACAACCGGAGACAGUAAAGAAAUCCGCUUCAAGACAUCAGCAUCAGGCCGGGUUAAAGUGGAUAAUGAAGACCUCACCCAGCUCCUGAGCCAGAUCAAAACCAACAAGGAAGAUAUAAAUGACAUCAAGGUGAAUGGAGGAGGUGUUUCCCCUGAAAUUACCAACAAACUAAACCAGCUGGAUACCAAGGUGUCAACACUUCAGAAUAAAGUGACUACACUCGAAUCGACAGUCCAAAGGCUGUCUUGCACCAGCAAUCCUUGUCAGAAUGGAGGAACAUGUCUGAACUUACUCAACUCAUACUACUGUCUUUGUCCCAGUAACUGGGCGGGUCUUAACUGUGCAACAGAUGUGAAUGAAUGUCAGGUGUUUUCAGGAUCAUUUCAGAGUUGUCAGAAUGGAGCAACCUGUGUCAACACCCCCGGCUCAUUCAGUUGUACCUGUUCUCCCGAAUGGUCAGGAUCCCUCUGUACGGUGCGUUAUGAUGACUGCAGGAAUGCGGGACAGGACCUGUGUGUACAUGGCACAUGCAUCGAUGCAGACCGGGUCACCGCUGGACAGCCUAAAUAUCAGUGCAUCUGUGAGAGUGGCUGGGAUGCUCCAGCUGGGAACCCAUCCUGUGUGUCUGAUGUUAAUGAGUGCAACCUACCCAACAAGCCCUGCUCCACCAACCCUGCUGUUUCAUGCUACAACACUCAGGGAUCCUUCUACUGCGGCGCCUGCCCUGCUGGUUGGCAAGGCAACGGCUACAGCUGUCAGGAUGUGGACGAAUGUUUGACAAAUAAUGGCGGGUGCUCCUCCACUCCUGUGGUGCAGUGCCUAAACACCAUGGGCUCUUUCCACUGUGGCCCCUGCCCUCCAGGCUACGAGGGUGAUGGGAGAGCGUGCACGCAGACCAACAUCUGCAAUAUCAACAAUGGAGGUUGUUACCCUUCAGCCACAUGCGCUUCCAGCCCAGGCACCAGCCUCCCUGUAUGUACCUGCCCCCCAGGCUACGUAGGCAGUGGUUAUGGACCAACGGGUUGCUCCCAGACGAGCAACACGUGUGAGACAAACAACCCCUGUGUCCACGGACAGUGUGUGGCCACCACCUCAGCCCCUGGAUACGUCUGCACUUGCAACUCUGGAUGGGAAGGAACACUCUGUGACCACAAUGUAGAUGAAUGCUCAAGCAACCCCUGUCAGAAUGGAGGAACCUGCAGCGACAGCAUCAAUGGGUUCACGUGUACCUGCACCGCGCAGUGGACCGGACCUCUCUGCCAGAGCGCGCAGCAAGUGUGCGGAGGCUACCUAUCGGGCCCCGCUGGUUCCUUCAGUUAUCCCAACACCCCAGGUCACGAUGAAUAUGAGCACCAGGUCAGCUGUGCCUGGGUGAUUCGCAUUGACCCCAACAAGAUCCUGCGUGUUACAUUUCCAUUCUUUGAUCUGGAGAGCAGCUCCAGCUGCAACUAUGACUUCCUUCAGAUUCAUGACGGGGACAGUGUCUCUGCUCACAUGCUGGGGAAAUACUGCGGCCAAAACAACCCACAGGAGCUGCACAGCUCCCACAACUCCCUGUACUUCUGGUUCCGCUCCGACCACUCGGGCAGUGCUGGUGGCUUCACAGUGGCUUGGCAGUCCCAGGAACCAGUGUGUGGAGGCCAACUAACUGCCAGCUACGGCAACAUUAACUCCCCGGGUUACCCUGGAAACUACCCUCCCAGCAGAGACUGCUAUUGGACGGUGGCCGUGGAGCCGGGCCGGCUCAUCACCUUUGCAUUCGGGACUCUGAGUCUGGAGCAGCACCCCGACUGCAACUUUGACUUUCUUGAGAUCCGAGAUGGUCUUUUGCCUGAAGACGCGGUUCUGGGAAAGUACUGCAGUACUGCAUUACCCCCCCCCAUGCAGACCACUGGUCCAGCUGCAUGGAUCCACUUCCACUCCGACUUCAGCAUCUCGGACCGAGGCUUCCACAUUACAUACACAACGUCACCAAGUGACCCCGGCUGUGGUGGUACCUUCACUGACAGCGAGGGCAUCAUCAUAUCCCCCAACUGGCCCAACGACUACGCCCACAAUCGGCAGUGUAUCUAUCUGAUCAGGGUGCCAGAGGGGGAAAGGUUGGCCCUCAACUUCACCCACAUGAACCUGGAGAGUCACAGCAGCUGCACUUUUGACUAUGUGGAGGUGCGUGACGGGAGGACGGAGACGGACCCUCUAAUAGGGAAGUACUGUGGGAGCGCUUUGCCAGCGCCUCUCCUCUCAUCCUCCAACUCGCUUUGGAUCCGCUUCAGGUCCGACAGCUCGGUCAGCCUGGCUGGUUUCAGGGCGCUCUACACAGUAGUGUGUGGAGGCUCUUUGUCUGGGAUCGGCCAGCUUCGCUCCCCCUACCACCCGGAGGCCUACCCCCACAAUAAGGUCUGUGAGUGGGUGAUCAACCAGCCACAGAGCUACGUGGUCACACUGCACUUCCUGUCGUUUGACCUCGAGGGGGCUUCCUGCGCCUUUGACUUUGUAGAGGUCAGGGACGGCUCCACAUCUAGCUCUCCUCUGCUGGGGACAUUUUGUGGAGCUGAGCUCCCCCCCCGGCUGCAGUCCACUCAGAGAUCCAUGUACAUCCGCUUCAAGAGCGACUCAUCCAUCAGCAACCGCGGCUUCGAAGCAGCCUACGACUCUGCCUUGGAGGGCUGUGGAGACAUCCUCACCAGUCCUUCAGGCACCAUCACAAGCCCCGGCCACCCCAACAACUACCCCCAUGGUGCCAACUGUACCUGGUACAUCAGCGUUGCCCCGGGCAACCUGGUUCGGCUGUCGUUUGACUCUUUCAACCUGGAGUACCACGUCAACUGUAACUUUGACUACGUGGAGGUGUACGACAACGGCACAGUGCAGACAGGAACCAGAAUUGGCCGGUACUGUGGCCGCUCGGUGCCUCCUUCCAUCACCAGUAGCGGCAGCCAGCUGACCCUGCUGCUGGUGUCGGACUCCAGUUUGGGCUCUGAGGGGUUCUCUGCCAGCUAUGUCUCCCUCAACGCCACCACAGACUGUGGGGAGACCUUCACCUCUCCUACAGGCUCCUUCAGUUCACCCAACUACCCCGACUACUACCCCAGCACCAGAGACUGCAUCUUCAAGAUCGCUGUGCAGGUCAACAUGCAGAUCAUGUUGAACUUCAGCCACUUUGAGCUGGAGGGCUCCCCUCCUUCCUGCAACUUUGACUUUGUUGAGAUCAGGGACGGUGGCUAUGAGACGUCUCCCUUGAUCGGUAAGUUCUGUGCUGCUCAGGGACCUCCGGUGCUGGUAUCCCAUAGCAACCGUCUGUGGGUUAGAUUCCACUCUGACCACAGCGUCACAUACGGGGGAUUCAUCGCCCACUGGGACGGCACUCAGACCGGCUGUGGAGGGAUGCUGACCACUACAUCUGGAGGCCUUUCGUCCCCCAACUACCCGCUGCCCUACCAUCCCAAUGCAGAGUGCUACUGGACCAUCAGGACCAACCAGGGCAGCCAGCUCCUCCUCUCCUUCUCUGAUUUCCACCUGGAGUCCAGCUCGGCCUGCUCUUAUGAUUACCUCUCUGUAUAUGACGGUAACAGCACUAGUGCUUCACAGCUGGCCCAGUUGUGCGGCACUCAGCUCCCCAGCAGCAUCAGCUCCUCCAGCAACCAGCUGCACGUCAAGCUGCGCACCGACGGCAGCGUGAGCGCGGGAGGCUUCCUGGCGUCCUACACCUCCAACUGCAGCGUGCUCAUCUCAAACCAACACCAAGGGGUGGUGGAGUCACUGAACUUCCCCAACAACUACCCACACAACUCAGAGUGCAGCUGGACCAUCCAGGCCAGCACAGGCAACACCGUCAACUACACCUUCAGUGCCUUCCAGCUGGAGGACUCCUCCAGCACAUGUCCCUUUGACAGCAUCACGCUUUUUGAUGGGCCAAACCAGCAAGCUCCGCUCAUUGGAACCUUCUGUGGAUACACGCCCCCACUGGCCAACCACACUGCCAGCUCGGCUCUCACCGUGGUCUUCACCAGCGACUCCUCUGUGUCCCUGUCGGGCUUCCAGAUGAUGUGGUACCAGAAUGGCUGUGGUGGGGAACUCUCUGGUUCCACUGGAUCCUUCAGCAGCCCAGACUACCCAAACCGGUACCCUGAGAACAAGGAAUGUUUCUGGUAUGUAACCACGUCGCCUGGCAGCAGCAUCACCCUCACCAUCCACGAGUUUGAUGUGGAGUUCCACCCAGACUGCAACUACGACCUGCUGGAAGUGUUUGGAGGCCCCGACCUGUUGGCCCCUCUGCUGGCCAAGCUUUGCAGCACCACGUCCAGCCCAAUGCGUGUCUCCAGCACUGGCAACCUGCUCACAGUGCACUUCAAGUCUGACGCCUACGUGAGCGGCCGAGGCUUCAAUGCCAGCUGGGCUGAGGUGCAGGGAGGCUGUGGAGGACCUGUCACUGCUCCAUCAGGGGAGAUCCAUUCUCCUUUGUAUCCCAGCAGCUAUCCCAACAGCGCCGACUGCUCCUGGAUCAUCAGCGUGGAUCCCAACCAUCGUGUCUUCUUCAACUUCUCUGACAUGGACAUUGAAUAUCAUAGCAACUGCUCCUGGGACUAUGUGGCUAUCCACGACGGUCCGACGGCUUCUUCUGCUCUGCUCGCCCGAGUGUGUGGCAGCAGCCUUCCUGCCUCCAUCACCUCCACCCAGAGCACCAUCUAUGUUCGCUUUAGGUCUGACUUAAGCACCAACCAUCGGGGCUUCAGGGCUCGAUUCUCUCAGGCCUGUGGUGCAACCAUCAUGACGGAUGACAACGGGGGGGCCAUUGUGUCGCCUCGGUACCCAGCGGCGUACCCACCCGACCAGAACUGUAGCUGGAUCCUGAGAGCGCAGGAACCAUUUAACCAUGUGACUCUGUCAUUCACCGACUUUGAGUUAGAGAUGAUUAACUCAAACUGCUCUCAUGAUGCUGUGGAGAUCUUGGACGGGGACAACUACCAGGCGCCUUCCAUAGGUACUUCUGCUCCUCGACCUCCUGGGUCAGCUGUUUUCUAUGUUUACAACAGGAGCUUACAACUGAAAUGUAAUGGUUUGUCAGGGCGCUACUGUGGCUUUGAAAUACCUCACCCAGUGACAUCCUUCAGUAACUCCAUGGUGGUGAACUUCAUCUCGGACCACUCGGUGUCCAGUAAAGGCUUCAGAGCCACCUUCUCGGCAUCCACCUCCAGCUGUGGAGGAGAUCUAGUGAUGGAGAGCGGCGCUUUCAACAGUCCCAACUAUCCAGAUGCUUAUCCGCCUAACGUGGAGUGUGUGUGGACCAUCAGGAGCUCUCCGGGGAACCGCCUGCAGCUGUCAUUUCUGACCUUUAGUCUGCAGGGAGACUCUGGCUGUCACAACGACUACGUGGAGAUCAGAGAGGGCACGUCCACGGGGCCUGUGGUGGGUCGCUUCUGUGGCAACGAGCUGCCCUCUAACUACACGUCUGUGGUUGGUCACAUCCUGUGGGUGAAGUUUGUGUCCGAUCCGUCACUGAGCGGCGCCGGAUUCAGAGCCACCUUCUCCCACUUGUAUGGUAAUGAUGUGGAGGGGGAGUUUGGUCAGAUCGCAUCACCGCUGUACCCCAGAACCUACCCCAGCGAUGCCCACUACCACUGGACCAUCACUGUGGAGGGGGGCAGCUACAUCCAGAUCCGCUUUUUGGACAUGGACAUAGAGGACCUGUAUGACUGCAACUUCGACCAGCUCAAAAUAUUUGAUGGCCCUGACGUUCAUCACUACCCCAUUGGAACGUUCUGUGGUUUGGCCCUGCCCACUCCCUUAAGAAGUUCUGCAAGCACCAUAACCCUGCAGUUUACAACAGAUUCACUGGUGGGAGGACGAGGUUUCCUGGUGGAAUGGACUGCUGUCCAGGACUCUGGACCCCCGCCCACUGUCAUACCAGGUGCUUGCGGUGGAGUGCUGAUGACGGGGGAAUCUCCUGGCUUCCUCUUUUCUCCUGGCUGGCCUGAAAGCUACGCUCCUUACCAGGAGUGCACCUGGUUGAUACGUUCUCCAGGCUCGACGAUAGAGUUGAGCCUCCUUUCUCUGGACAUAGAGGACUACCCCGGAUGCUACUUUGACAGCCUCGUCAUCAGAGACGGUAUGAGCAGCCUGUCCCCCCUGCUGGCCACUGUGUGUGGUCGAGAUCCCCCAGCUUCUCUCCACUCAACAGGAGACUCCAUGUUCCUCCACUUCUCCUCGGACGGAAGUAUCGGUGGCCGAGGCUUUAAUGCCUCCUACUCCAGAGGUUGCGGGGGCCUCUUGCAUGUAGACAGAGGGGUGCUGAGCAGUCCUCACUACCCUCAGAACUACCUGCCCGGUCUCAACUGCAGCUGGCAUGUGAUGGUGACACCAGGCUUCAGGGUUUCUGUCACCUUCCAGAGUCCCUUCCAGAUUCAAGGCUAUGGAACUGAAUGCAGCUCUGGAGACUACCUGGAGCUAAGGAAUGGUCCAGAUGGUUCAGCUCCACUACUAGGGGGACGUCUCUGUGGUUCAAGUGUGCCAUCUCUGUUCCAGACUACUGACAACAACCUCUUUAUUCACUUUGCAUCUGAUUCCACCAAUGAGGCCACUGGCUUUAAGCUGACAUUUGAAGCCCACAGUCAGGCAUGUGGAGGCUACAUUGAGCUAAAUGAUAACGAUCCUCCCGGGUACAUCACUUCACCUAACUAUCCUCAGAACUACCCCAAGAACAUUGACUGCAUUUGGGUCCUAACCGUGCCCAAUGGAGAAGCUAUCCAAAUUGACUUUGAGGACGAAUUCUACAUUGAGCCCACCAACAGCUGUUUGUAUGACUACCUGGAGCUGCGGGAUGGCUCAACAAUCAACACUGGCUUCAUUUCCCGCCUCUGUGGAACUACCCGUCCAUCUACCCAACAUUCAACAGGUCCCUCCAUGCUGCUCAGGUUUCGCACCGAUGCCAGUGUUGUGCACAAAGGCUUCAAGGCAAAGUACUCAAUAGCAACAUGUGGAGGUACUUACAUCGGUCAGAGGGGUACCAUCCACAGCCCUGGUUUCCCAGAGUCCAACUAUCCUGACCGCUCCAGCUGUGAGUGGUACCUGGAGGGGCCCACAGGGCAUUACCUCACCCUGAGCUAUGGGAACUUCAGCCUGCAGACUACGCAAGGAUGCUCUGCUGACUAUGUGGAGAUCAGAGAGUACAAUGCCUCAGGGCGCCUCCUGGGCCGUCACUGUGGCAGUGACCCCCCGGCUGCCGUUGACACAUCUGACAGUUUCGCCUACGUCAGAUUUGUAAGUGAUAACAGUGGAAAUGCAGCUGGCUUCAGUCUGACAUUUGAGGCCAGCAUUGAAGUCUGUGGGGGAGAGCUCAAUGCCCCCUCAGGGACGAUCUCCUCUCCCAACUACCCCAACCUGUACCCACACAACCGGCUGUGUCGCUGGGAGCUGGUAGUGUCACCAGGCCGCCGGGUCACACUCACCAUGGAGGACCUGCGGCUGGAAGACUCCGGUUCUUCCUGUGCAUUUGACUAUGUUGAUAUACUCAACGGGUUAAUGGUCGACGCCCCUCGCCUACGGAUAUUCUGUGGUACAGUACCAGCAGGCACAGAGGUGCGCUCCUCUGGCAACACGAUGACCGUAGUGUUCCACUCGGAUGCCUCUGUGUCUAACGGGGGCUUCAUGGCUUCAUACUCCUCUGAGGAGCCUGCAGAAUGUGGUGGAAUCUUGAACAACCCAGCGGGUGGGAACUUCACUUCUCCUGGAUACCUAGUGUCCAACUACAGCAACAACCUCAACUGUGAGUGGCUUAUCCAGAACCCGCAGCACAUCAACUCGUCUAUAGUGGUGCUGAUAGAAGACCUGCACCUGGAGAACCACCAGACCUGUGAGUCCGACUACCUCCAGCUGCGCCUCGGUGACUCAGAUGGGGAGCUUCUGGCCAAGUUUUGUGGGCAGACCACCCCCACUAUUCCCAUUGUCGUCUUUACCCAUGAGCUCUGGGUCCAUUUCAAGUCUGAUGCCUUCCAGGGAGAUCUGGGCUUCAAGGCCGAGUACAUUUUCUCUGAGUGUGGAGGUCUGCAGACAGGUGAAGGGGGGCUGGUAUCCAGUCCUAACUACCCCAACACAUACCCCAGCCCCAGUCGCUGUGCUUGGCUACUGGAGGCUCCAGUAGGACACACUAUUACACUGACCUUCAGCUAUUUCAACCUGGAGCCCCACUCUCAAUGUGGCUGGGACUCGGUCACCAUUUUCAAUGGAGGAUCUCCCGGCUCUCCGGUCAUUGGCCAGUUCUGUGGGGCCACCUCCCCAGGCACCAUACAGUCCGGGUCAAACAAGCUGGCUGUGGUCUUCCUGGCUGACCACAGUGUUUCCACAGGAGGCUUCAUGGCCUCGUGGUCGGCGGAUUCCUCAGGUUGUGGAGGGGUGAUCCAUGCUGACAUGGGAACAAUCAAGUCUCCAAACUAUCCCCAGAACUUCCCAGCCAACGUGGAGUGCUCCUGGCGGAUCAUUGCUCAUGAGGGGAACCACGUGGAGAUGAGGUUCAACACUGAUUUCCAGAUUCCAGACAGCAGUGGGACGUGCCAGAGCAGCUACAUCAAGGUGUGGUCAGGUCAGACCCAAAAUGCUGAGGCUCUGCUGUCAACAGGCUGUGGCUCAGGGGCCCCGGGGCCCAUCGUUGCUCCAUAUAACAUCAUCACGAGCCGAUUUCAGGGUACAGGAGCUCCAGGCAGAGGAUUCUCAGCGUCCUUCAGCACCAGGUGCGGAGCAAACUUUACAGCUCCUAGCGGUCGUGUAGUUUCUCCCAACUAUCCUGCCAGCUACCCCGACCACUCCAACUGUAACUACACCAUAGACGCUGGAGAGCAGUCUGUAGUGGUCCUCACUUUCCAGGUCUUCCAAGUUGAAGCACAUUCCAGCUGCCAGUAUGACGGGCUGAAGAUCUACAGCAUGGCCACCGGCGGCCCUGCACUUGCCACCCUCUGUGGUAGCAGCGUCCCGGGGCCGUUCUCCACCUUUGGCCCCAUGUUACUCCACUUCUACUCAGAUUCCGUGAUCCCUGACCGCGGCUUCAUGGCAGAAUACACAGCCAUCCCAUGUGGAGGCUUCUACAACAGCACAAUGGGUACAGUCAGCAGUCCAGCACUGUCCAUGAGCAACUACCACCACAACAUCAACUGCACCUACCACAUCGUGGUCCGAGCCAACCGAGUGCUGGACAUCAAGUUUAACACCUUCCACCUGGAGGCAUCUUCAUCCUGCCGCUACGACUAUGUGGCGGUGUAUGACGGAGCGGACAUCUCGGCCCCCCUGUUGGGGAAAUUCUGUGGUUCCGUGCUCCCACCGGACCUGCGCUCCUCCACCAACCAGCUGUUCAUUGUCUUCAGGACAGAUGCCUCAGUGAAUGGCAUCGGCUGGAGGGCUGUCUACAGCGAGACCCUCGGUGUUGCCCAGGGGUGCGGGGGCUACCUGGCCAUGCCCAUGGGGAUGUUUGGUUCUCCAGAUCCGGACCUGGAUGGGCUCUAUGAGCCCCGGAUGGACUGCCUGUGGACCAUCGAGCUGCCAGUCAACAGGGCCAUCAACCUGACGUUCACCUCCUUUGAGCUGGAGAGCUCGUCCACGUGUCUCUACGACUACGUCAAAGUGUUUGAUGGUGACAAUGAGAACUUCCCUCUGGUCGGGACGUUCUGUGGAAACUUUGUUCCCGCCCAUUUUGUAUCAAGUGGAAACUUCCUGACGAUUCGCUUCCUCACGGACAGCUCGGUACAGAGACGAGGCUUCAACGCCACCUACAGGGCCGUGCCGUUGGUGUGCGGCGGGACUCUGAAUGCCACCACCACCCUCCAGACGCUGGUUUCGCCUUCCUUCCCUGGUGCCUAUUCUCCUUACACCUCCUGCCGCUGGGUCCUGGAUGCUCCAGCCCAGGAAUCCAUCAAGGUCUCAGUGCAGACCUUCGUCCUUCAGCCCAGCCAGAGCUGCUCCACAAACUACUUGGAAAUGAAGGACUGGCCUGUGGGAGACUAUGGGCAGUCACAUAAGUUCUGUGCAUCAGAUGGCCAGACCCCAGACUUCUACAGCUCCAGCAGGACAGUCCUUGUGCACUUCAAAUCGGAUGCCUUCAUGGCAGGAAAUGGCCUGAGCUUAUCCUACCAGAUCGCCAGUUGUAGCCGGAUCUAUGAGCAGGAAUAUGGCUACCUGAAGAGUCCGGGCUGGCCUGACAUCUACCCGCACAACCUGGACUGCACCAUCACCCUGAGGGCUCCACAGAACACCUCCAUCUCCUUCUUCUUUAACACAUUUGAUGUGGAGAGCCACAGUCACUGUGAAUUUGAUUACCUGGAGAUCCGUAACGGAAGUGAAGCCGACUCGCCACUGAUUGGUCGGUUCUGCGGCAACACCUUGCCUAGCCCCAUCUUCACACAUUCCAACGUGCUCUACUUACGCUUCGUGAGUGACUUCUCCGCGGCCCGGGACGGCUUCGAUGCCACGUGGACGUCCUCCCCUCACGGAUGUGGCGGUACCCUGUACGGUGACCACGGCUCAUUCUCCAGUCCAAACUUCCCAGCCACCUACCCCAACAGUAGCCACUGUGAAUGGGGCAUCGUGGCACCGAGAGGUCGCGUGGUGACCAUCACCUUUGCCCAGAUCAGUAUUGAUGAUACUGGAGAUUGCCAGAACAACUUCUUGAAGUUGUACGAUGGCCCAGACGCCACGUCCCCCCCUGCUGGACCUUACUGCGGAGUGGAAAGCGACAUUGCUCCGUUCACAGCCUCCUCCCACCAGGUGUUCGUGGUUUUCCGAGCCCAGCACGCCAGCCUGCCUUCAGGUUUCAGACUGACCUGGAGCAGCUGAGCGGACGCCUCCAACCUGCUGUGCAUGCGACCGGACCAAUGUCGACAAUCACAAUAAUAAAAAUUUGCACUAACAUAACUGUUACAUGCGUUGUUUUAUUUCACCUUUUAAAACACUGAAAGGAUGGAUGACACCUCGAGUUGGACAGAGUUUUUAUGACACUUAGAUUCCAGGAAUGACAAAGUAUUGGGCUUUACUCUUCAGUGUCCUGAUCCUCGACUACUG